AUGAUUGAAAAAUUUAUUCUUUUUAAUGCUUUUUUUACAGUUUUUAAAAUUCUAUAUUUAAUAAAUGGGAAUACUUUAGACUAUUUUACAAAUGCUGAACAUACAGCAAGAGCUAUGAGAGUUAUGGCUGAUAUGCAUCGAAGAUUACGUCGUCAAUCAGCUAUUCGGAUGCCAAAUGCUGUAAAUCAAAAAAAACCAUUUGAUCCUAAGCUUAUGUGGAAGAAAGCUGUUAUGAAAGUAAGAAUUAUAAAUGUAAUGAAAAAUCCAAGUCUUUAUCAAGGUGAUGUAAUGUUAACAAAACAACAAGCAUUACAUUUAGUUGAAAAAACAAGACAACAUUUAGCAAAAAAAGGUAUCAGAUACCCAAUAUUUUCUUUUGCAAAUUCUACAAGAAUUAAAAGAAAAGUAGCUGGUGGUAAUUUUCAUAAAUGGAGUAUGCCAAUUCAUUAUUUUAUUGAACAAGGUGUUAAUGUAAAUAAUGUUGAAAUGGGAUUACGUGAUCUUCAAAUGAGAACAUGUCUUAGAUUUAAAAGGGUAGGCCAUCCUAUUCCAGGUAGUCCUGGUUUACACUACUUUUUUGGACAAGGAUGUGUAAGUUAUAUAGGUAAAAUAGAUAAUACGAAAUUUCAACAAAUAAGUCUUGGAAGUGAUUGUAAUUCUGUAUCAAUUGCUCAACAUGAAACAUUACAUGCUAUGGGUUUAUUUCAUGAACAAUCAAGAAUAGAUAGAGAUAAAUAUAUAUAUAUUGUAACACAAAAUAUAAUACCAAAACACUUACAUAAUUUUGAUAUUGUUGAUAAAGACGAUUCUAAUUCUUAUGGUCUUCCAUAUGAUUAUACAUCAAUUAUGCAUUAUCCUAUAAAUUUAUUUGGUAUAAAUGAUCAACAAACUACAUCUCCAAAAGAUAAAACAUAUACAUUUUCAAUUGGUACACAAGAACAACCUACAUUUAUUGAUACACAAACUGUUAAUAUACAUUAUUGUUCUAAUAUUUGUCGUCAAAAAAUAUUUUGUGAUAACUGGGGUUAUCAAGAUCCUAAUGAUUGUAGUAAAUGUAUAUGUCCUCCAGGGUUUAGUGGACGUGAUUGUGGUUGGAUUGGUGUGUCACCUCCUGAAUGUGGGCAAACAAUUUUUGAAGCAACAAAUAAAGUUCAAGGAAUAAAUGUUAAUGGUCGUAAAAAAUGUUAUUUUAUGAUAACCAGUCCAGAAGGAACAAAAAUUGCUUAUAAAAUUACUGAACAUAUAAUUUCACCUUUUUAUUUGGACAGUUGUACUUAUCAAAACAGUGUAGAAAUAAAAUUUUGGGAAGAUAAAUCAGUUUCUGGUGCAAGAUAUUGCAAAACUGCUAUGAAUUUACCAUUGAUUUCACAUUACCAUCAACUAAUAGUUAUUUAUCGUAGCAAUGAAACUACUAAUUAUGCUGUUAUAGCAUUUAAAGCUGUUACCAAAUUUUAA